AUGUUUGGUAAUAGCUUCAGUCAACCACAGCCUGCUGCACAACAAACAAACAGCUUAUUUGGCGGCUCAAGUAGCAACACAACAACUCCAGCAUUUGGUAGUCUCUUUGGAGGAGGAGGUGCUGCACCAACAUCUACAGCGACGAGUGCUCCUUUAACUUCCACUGCCACUGCAAAUACCACAAGCAGCUUAUUCUCAUCUACACCUUCUACAACACAACAAACACCAUCUUUAUUUGGAAGCACAGCUCCAAAGCCAACUACAUCUCUUUUUGGCGCCUCCACGAAUACUGCUUAUAACACUAAUACUAGUAAUAUUUUGAACCCUGCAUUUUCUAUGAACAGCCAACAACAGCAACAGCAGCAGCAACAGCAGCAGCAGCAGCAGACCCAAUUACUCGAUAUCAAAAACUGCUUCUCUGAUACCAAUAUCCCUCAUUUCAUUGUGAGCCAAGAUAGUAUUACGCGUUCUAGUGUACCUGCAAAUACCUUCUUUGGUAACAAAUCAAGAAAUGCUAUUUCAUCUAGUAGUCAGAACGUCAACAUGUCGAUUACAUCCUUUGCCUUGAAUGAAAGAAACACAAUCUUACCGGGCUUUUUGACAGCUUCCGAUACCUCCAACUUGUCUACAGGCGCCAAUAAUCCAAGCAAAAUCAAGCUGCUAAGCAAGAAAAGAGUACUGGAACAGGAGAACAAUGUCAAUGAUGGACGCAAUGUGAUUCCCAAAACUUCAAGUCAAGGUGUAUUUUCUCAGUCAUCGAAACUCACAGAAGGCUUCAAUUUGACCUUAAAAAAGCAGAGCGAUCGGGAUGUGUUGCCUUUGAACACACUUGGGGAUGUAAGACUGAAUGUCGCUGGCAAUGACUAUCGAACCAAACGUUUCAAUGCUGAAAAUAUGACCCAGAAGCACUAUCUUACCAACAGCAACAUUCCAGCAACUGCACCCGAAAGCAAACUGUACAACAGACGAGUCAGAGUUUUUGGAUUCAAUCCUCAGCAAGCCGAGAAGAUUAUCAACCAUUUCACCAGUUUAGGCGAUCUUGCUGAACCUUGUACAAGACAAGGAAAUUGGAUUACCUUUCAUUAUGUCAACCAUGAGUCUGCAUUAAGAGCACUCCAAGACAAUGGCAAGAAAAUUGGCGAAGAUUAUCUAGUAGGCGUGGCCUGGGAUGAAAGUGCCUGUGAAGUCGAGAAAACCCAAUUAGAUAAUCCACCCGACUUAUACAAGCGACACAGCAACACUUCCUAUAGUAUUUUCAAAGAGCCAUCUCAACCCAAACCUCAACAGCAACCAACAAUACCAAACCAACAUCCAUCGGCUGAAAAUACUCUUUGGAACAAACUAAGAGAGAAGUUCAUGGGGUGGUAG